AUGGAAGAAUCUCCUUUAAUUUACGGUUUAGAAUUUCAGGCUAGAGCAUUAACUUCACAACAAUAUGAGUCAGAUGUUGUCAGAUUUAUGGUAGGAACACAAUCAUUAAAAAUGAAUCAAAAUCAAGUUCAUAUAAUUGAAGAAUAUGAAGAAACGAAAACUCUUAAUACUACUGUUUGUAAUCACCCCCAAGGUGAAAUAUGGCAUUUAUCUGCUUCCCCUGGAGAUCCUAACGUUAUUUCAACCACUUAUAACACAUUGACUGAUCAAAAUGUCUGUGUUAUGAGGAGUGCAAUUUGGAAAAUAAACGAUGGAAAACUUGACUUGUUGACAAAUUUACCCACAGAACAAUUUGGCCACAAUGUAAUAAAACACACAUUAUUUCAUAUCUCUGAUCCUAAUAAAGCAUUAAUGAUAAUUGGUAAUCAAUUUGUGAUAUGGGAUAUAAAUGAGUCAGAAGCGAAGCCUUCUAGUAAGGGUACAUUGGAAGCUAAAGGACAUCCUCAAUUCACUUGUGGAAAGUGGAAUCCUCAUCACAAUGUAACUCAAAUUGUUACUAGCAAUGACUCUUAUGUUCGAGGUUGGGAUAUUAGAACGAGUAAACAAAGUUGGAUUGUUGAAAAUGCUCAUACUCAAUUAGUCAGAGAUUUAGAUUUUAAUCCGAAUAGGCAAUAUUAUUUAGCUACUUGUGGAGAUGAUGGAUUUACAAAAUUUUGGGAUAUAAGGAACACCACCGAGCCUAUUAUUUCAAGAUCGGAUCAUUCCCACUGGGUUUGGACUGUUCGAUAUAAUCAUUUUCACGACCAGCUUGUUCUUACAUCAUCGAGUGAUUCAUUAGUGAUUUUGAUAUGUGCUGCUAAUAUAUCGUCAGAGCCAGGAGGACAUGUUUUAACAGGAGAUGAUAAUCUGGACAGUCCAAAAGAAAGACUAGAGGAAGGAGUAUUGGCUACUUAUGAAGAGCAUGAGGAUUCAGUAUAUGCAGUCGAGUGGUCAACAGCUGAUCCAUGGACAUUUGCUUCUUUAAGUUAUGAUGGUAGAUUAGUUAUAAGCAGAGUUCCCAAAUUUACGUGGCAGCAGAAAUACUGA